UCAGCGCCUCGUUCCAAAACCGGAGGAUGACGUGCGUAACGGCUGCUUUACGCACAGCGCAAUGCUCAUAAAACGUUAUCAAUUCACGUUCUUGUUCCCGGUGGUUUCUGUGCCGCGUCGUGUGUGUGUGUGUGUGUGUGUGUGUGUGUGGUGAACGAGCUUCGUUCCUGGUGAUCCAGAUAUGCAGUAAUUGGAGUCAUUAGCCAGGCAGUUGAAUUUGAAUGGACGGGGUCGGCGCUCUUCGGGGCGCCUCAUUAUGCAGGCGCAUUAAAAGAAGGCGGCGGGGGGCAAAUGGGUGGUUAAAGGUAGGAACAAAAAGAGGGGCAGGGACUGCGAGGAGGGCCAGGAUUCAAAUUCUAAGUGCUGAGUUGUUCCGCCAUUGUCAGCGGGGUAUAAAGCGGGCGGGCCGAACUCGUCCCGAUGGGGAGCUGGCACCGCGGAGGAACUGCCUUUAGUCCAUCAGUGAAGACCCACAGGUCAGGAUUUAGACAUCGCACCAUGGCCUCCUCCUCGCGCUGCGUUGGGAUUGUUCUGUUUCUUCUCUCGGCGGUGACAAGUGACACGCGUGGAGUAUAUGGGCGCGCGGUGGACGCGCGGGGAUUCGUGUCCGGCUCGCAGGGAACCGCGGACGGAUCGUCCGGACCGACUUUACGCACGGACGCGGCGCGGCGGUGGAGGCGCGGCGUCGAGGAGCGGCACCGGGAGCGGUGCGCAGAGCUGCCGGCGGCGGCCUGGCUGGAGAACGCGCAGCCCGCGACCACCGAGGACAACGCGACGACGUUGCAGCUGCGCGCUCGGCCCUUCUCCGCGGGAGCCGCUCGGGGCCCGGUGUUCCCGGGACAACCGCUGUUCAACUUCGUCCGACGGGUUUACCAGUGCUGUCAGGAGGGACAGCUCUGCAGGAGCGUCAAGGGGAUCCAAGGUCGCCUGAGAGGAGGCAGAGACGUGGAGUUUCUCUUCACCAGGGAGAUUCUGUCGCUGACGGUCACGAGGGCCGAGCUCCACCUUCAACUCUCCGUCCCGCAGCACCUGGACGUCCGCCCCGUGCUCCCAUCCAUGGCCAAGCGCAGCCUUCCCACAAGGUACAGCGUGUGGUCACGGGGCAACAGGCUGGAGCUCAGGGUGGAUCUUCUCUUCCUCUUCCAGAGUCUGCAGGAGGCGGCGGGUGGUGCCGGAGGGGGUCCCAGCCUGGUGAACAUGCGGCGGGCGUUGUUUUCCUCCAGGGCCGAUCCGCCGGGGGAGAACCCAGCCCCUCGGGCUCUGCAGGACACUGAUGGCCACGCGUGGGGGGAUGGGGCGGCCAACGCGCCGCCUGCCGUGGAGCUGGGCCUGGUCCUGGGCUGCAGUCAGGCCGGAGUCGGAGUGUCCUGUGGAGGUGCCGAGGUCCGCCUCUCGCACACACCGUUCAUGGCUCUGUACUACCGAUGAGCCCAAACCGAGAUCGGACCGUGUUCCGAAUAAACCUGAAAAGACAUACAGAAGGAAAUGAUUGCACUUCCAACAUCAAAUCUAUUAAUUUAUAAAUGUUGUUUUGUAAAAUAUAUAUAUUAAUUUGUAAAUAGGGACUACGAUAUGCUGUGAGUUUAUGGAGUCACUCUGGUUUUAUUAAAACUCAACUCAACAAUG